AUGUCUUCUUCCACGACCCAAGUCAAUGGCAACGCCCCGUCUUCCGGCCUUUUAUCUCCUGAAUCUGCUCUUGAAGUUCUCCAGACCCACUACAAAACCCGCGAUGGUCUCGCCGUUCAGCAGCUCAUGGACAGCACGAUCCACGGAGGCCUCACCUACAAUGACUUCUUGUUGCUCCCCGGAAAGAUCGACUUCCCCGCGCACGUCGUCUCUACCGAAAGCCGGAUCACGCGCAAUGUUGUUCUCAAGACGCCGUUCAUGAGCAGCCCCAUGGACACCGUCACCGAGACGAACAUGGCCAUUGCAAUGGCGCUCCUCGGUGGUAUUGGUGUGAUCCACCAUAACCAGUCGCCCGAGUCACAGGCGGCCAUGGUUCGUGCCGUCAAGCGCCACGAGAACGGUUUCAUCUCCGACCCUGUUUGCCUCGGCCCGGACGCUCUUGUCGACGACGUCCUCGACAUCAAGGCGCGCUUGGGCUUCUGCGGCAUCCCUGUCACUGAUACCGGCGCGCUCGGGGGAAAGCUUCUGGGCAUAGUGACUGCUCGCGACAUUCAGUUCGCUGCCCAUGAUGUUCGCCUGCGCGAAGUCAUGACUCCCGUCGAGGCGAUGACUGUCCUCAACGCGGAGUCGCUGUCCGGAUCGUCCGAAGGCGCCAAGCUCGCUGCUGCAAACGAACUUCUUCGCACCUCGAAGGUUGGCAAGCUUCCCAUCGUCGACGGAGAGGGCCGUCUCCGCUCCCUUGUUGCGCGCUCCGACUUGCUCAAGAACCAGACUUAUCCUCUGGCAAGCAAGACGGAGAAGAAGCAGCUUUACGCUGCUGCUGCCAUCGGCACCCGGGAGCACGACAAGGCGCGCCUGGCGCUUCUUGUCGAAGCCGGCCUCGACAUCGUCAUUCUCGACUCGUCGCAGGGCAACUCCGUCUUCCAGAUCGAGAUGAUCAAGCACAUCAAGUCGACAUACCCGCAUGUCGAGGUCAUUGCCGGCAAUGUUGUCACCCGCGAGCAGGCUGCAAGCCUUAUCGCGGCGGGUGCGGAUGGCUUGCGUAUUGGCAUGGGUUCCGGCUCGAUCUGUAUCACUCAGGAGGUCAUGGCCGUUGGCCGUCCGCAGGCAACUGCCGUCUAUGCUGUCGCAGAGUUCGCCAGCCGCUUCGGCGUACCCGUUAUCGCCGACGGCGGUAUCAGCAACGUCGGCCACAUCGUGAAGGCACUCGCUCUGGGCGCAGGCGCGGUCAUGAUGGGCGGUCUCCUCGCGGGUACGACUGAGGCGCCGGGAGAGUACUUCUACCACGAGGGCAAGCGUGUCAAGGCGUACCGUGGCAUGGGUUCGUUGGAGGCGAUGGAGCAGGGCAAGCCCGGCAAGCCCGUCGACAAUAAGGCGACGACGGGCAAGGGCAAGUACGCCGUGUCGAAAAGCACUUCGCAGGCAGACGCACACGUCGUUGAGAACGCCGCGACUGCGCGCUACUUCAGCGAGGCGUCGGCCGUCAAGGUCGCGCAGGGUGUAUCGGGCGAUGUGCAGGACAAGGGUUCCGUGAAGGACUUCUUGCCGUACCUCUACGCUGGUGUGCAGCACUCCUUCCAGGAUAUUGGUGUCCAGGGUGUGGAGGCCCUUCGGGCGGGCGUCAAAGCGGGCGAGGUCCGCUUCGAGCUCCGUACCGCGAGCGCGCAGGUCGAGGGUGGUGUCCACGGCCUUAACUCUUACACCAAACGUCUCUUUGCUGCUGUCUGA